UAUCUAGAUCUAGUGUACUAAUCUACUAGAGUCCAGAGGCAUGAUUAGAAUUAGAUCUAGAUAGUAGAUUCUAGAUCUAGAUAUCAUUAUCAUCAUAAAGAGUAUAUUAAAAACAAAAACCAGUCCUAUACAAUCUUUCAGCGAAACAAAAGAUGCUUCAGUCUGUGCUUCUAGGACUUAUCCCAGCAAUAGUAGGCUUGACAGCAGCCUUUUACAUUUUCAACAAAAUCUAUAGUAAUCAGGAGGAAGAAAGCUUUAGAAGUGGACCACGGUCUUAUCCCACUUUUCAAACAGAAAGAACAAGAACAGAAGCUCAAAACCCUCAGCAAAGGCAGAGAAGGAAUUAUAGAAGUGAUGGGGAUAGACACUGUAGGUGUGCUGUUUGCUUUGAGGAGUCCAGAUCAGUGGAGAUCUAUCCAUGUGGACACAGAGACAUAUGUGAAAAAUGCAUCCUACGAAUUGUAGGGAUGGAUCCCAGGCAGUGUCCUUUCUGUAGAUCAUCUAUCAAAGGUUACAGGGUGCUUUGAUAAUGAGUUGACUACUGAAAAUCCAAAAAAUAGAUUUUAUAUAUCUGUCUAUAACUGAUAUAUGAAUUAAAUGUUUUACUUGUGCAUCUUAAAAUUUAUAGUCUUAAAAAGUUUACACUAUGCUUUUAAAAGCGUUAUAUACAUUAGAUUAUAAUUAUUGAUUACUUUUCCAUUCAUUUUCUUAUUUUGUAGAUCAUAAUUGAUUUCAUUUAAAAAAAAAAAAGGUAAUGUUCAAUGUUUUUUCUUACUAGCUUUUUCAUCAUGGCAAAGGUUUAAUUAGUUGUUUUUUAAAGCUGAAAUAUUUUGAAAUGAUUGCAUUUUUUAUUCCAAAGCUGUUUGUCGUAGACAGACUACUAUGAAUUGAACUGUUAUCACUGUUUCUCAGUAUCAGCCUUUCACACAAAUACUUUUGUUUGCAAACUUUUUUUUU